CUUUCCUGGAGAACCUGAACGACCAUGGUGAAUUUGGGCCUGUCCCGAGUGGAUGACGCGGUGGCCGCCAAACACCCGGGACUCGAGGAAUAUGCCGUGUGCCAGUCGAACGCCUUCAUGAAGGGCGUUUUCACCUUUGUCACAGGCACUGGUGCGACUUUCGGUCUGCAGCUGUUCAUUAAGCGGAAGUUUCCGUACCCUGUGCAGUGGAGCUUCCUGGUGUCUGCCGUUGUAGGGUCCCUGGCCAGCUACAAGGUGACAAGGACAGAGUCUCAGAAAUGCAGAGAUCUCUGGCUCUUCCUGGAGACAGGGCAACUCCCCAAAGAUAUGAGCACAGAUCAUCGAAACUAGAAGAGCUCUGGCUGCUGGGGUAUAGAGGAUCUGACACAGGGAAAAUCCUGGAGCACAGACUUUGACACCAUCUAACUCCAGGCUGUUCCUUCCUAUCUCACCACACACACACACACACACACCCUUGAGUGUCACCUGUCCUCUACACAUGUGUAUGGGCAGGCCUACCUGACAACCUGUGAUACCAUUGCUGCCCCAAAUCCAGGACUUUCCAGGAGUUCAGUUUAGAGCUUGGGAAGACAGGGUCUCCUCCAGAGCAGCAAGAAGCAGAAUAUCAGAGAGGGUUUUACCCUGUUGCACACAGCUGUGGGGGCGGCAGACUGCAAGUGUUGAAAGAGAUUUGUAUCUUUUCUCUGGUGCUUUGAGGUCCCUUUUCUGACCUCUGUGACUCAAGUCUAAGGAUAAUUAUGGAGGGUUGUGGCUAAUAAAUGGCUUGUCUUUUCCCUA